CUACUGCAAUCGCCAAUAAUUCUCGUCUCGCUCCGGAGGUUUGCUCGUGUGUUUUGUUACGUUUACGGAACUUUGUGUAUAAUUUAAUAAAUAAUGCCAUUUAUAUCAAAAGACUGGCGAUCGCCUGGUGAAGUGUGGGUGAAAACACAAGAAGGUUGGGAGAAGAAAAAAGUACUUGAAUGCACAGCACAAAGAUAUGCAGCUAUCUCUAACUUUAAUAACUCGGAAGAUAAGGAUCAAAAAUGGAGCGAAGAUGGCGAAGGUGAUAAAAGUUCAGAUGAUGUCGUCGCAAGAGUCCCUCCUCAUUGUCACAUCACAAUCAAAUGUACAAGAGAGAUAGCCGGUUUCAACGGUCUAUCAGAAGCAGUUCGUCGUCUAGACUUUUCGUCAGCAGUCCGUGACGUUCGGAGGUUCAACUACAUCUGUGCGCUUUUGGAACUGUUGCUGUGCGGCCAGAGACUAACACACCUUCCUGGUGCUGCGCAGAAACUCCUCUUGUCUAUGCUUGAACAACUUGCUGAUCAAGUUGCAACAUCGAAGCAGAACUUGAACGCCUUACGGGCUCUAGUGGUAGGUCUAACAGCUAUUCGGGAAGCAGAACGGCGAGCGUGCUGGGGCCGGCCUUUGGGCUCCCGCGCGCUCUGGGGUCACCACGACCAUGCGAUAGCCAGGAUCAAUAGGAUCGCAGAGAGCAUACGGAUACAGGAGGUGAGCGGUGGACAAUGCGUUUACGCAUGUGGGACUACUGAUUAGAGCUUAUGUUGGACU